CCAAGCACGUGAAGCAAUUAAAGCUCAAACAGAAGGGAACGUCACCGCCUAGCAGAGCAAAUAGGAGAGGCUAUUGGCAUGAGUUGAAUUCAAUGGUUAGGAACGUUUAGCUUUCAAACGGUUUCUUCGUGGGGAUCAAAAUUCUAUUUCAAUUCCGUUCUUGACUUCGACGAUGAACCUUCCAAGUACUGGAGUGUUGAAAACGACCCUAGAACACCUUCUGUGGAUCACCCUAUUCGCCUAUUUUGCCUAUCAGUUUAUAAUCCAAUGGAAAAAAUUUAGAUCAGGGGAAACCACCGUGGCCACUUCUCUUAGUCAAGAGACCAUGUUCUUCUUUCCAGACUUGAUUUUCUGCCAUAAACAUGGGUUUAAAGAGCCUGUCCAGGAUCAUCUCGGGUCUGAAAGCUACUUUGAUAACGUAUUGCACCCUGACGUCAACUUGGUAUUCACAAAAUCAUCAGCCUUGGGAAUUCUCCCGGACCAUUUCCAAGUUAGAAACCUUUCCACAACAUACAAUGGAUUUUGUCGCGUUUUCCAUUUUAGUGAGGGUUACGAGAAACGCGUUUGGCUAAAGUUUCAAAUGAACAAGUCAGAAGAAUAUUUCGUCUUCUUCAUGGUUCCCAAUACGACAUUCUAUUUGGCUAAUCACGAUUUCUUUCAAAUGCCAAAAAUGCUAGAUAUUCAAACAUCGGCCAAUGUCAUCAUUCAACCUAAAAAGUUAUCCUUUGAGACCAAUUGUAAUGACUACAGAGAGGAUGAAAGAGUGGUUUGUCUCAAGGAUGUGGUUAGGGAAAAUCUGACCCAAAGUGGGAUUCCGUGUGUUCCAGUACCGUUGGAGCAAACCACCAAUGGUUACUCGGACAAGAUUUGUCGAGACGACAAACAAGCCAAAGAACUGUUUGAAAAGAUCUGGCCAGUAGUAUCCAACGCCUUAAACCAUCCCGAUUGUGUUGUCCCGUGUUUCCAAAGGUCUUACGAUCUCGCCUGGUUGCCGAUGAGUGGCCAAAGUUUCGAAGAUGUUCCAAACUAUCACACCUUGUACGUCUUUUUUGGGACUGAAUUCGUUCAAACCCAGACCAGAUACGUUCUCAUGGACUUCUCUGCUUGGCUGUCUAACACGGGUGGCUUACUUGGAUUGCUUUUGGGUCUUUCUUUGUACUCCAUAGGGACCGCCAUCAUCAAUCGUGUGUUUUCUUUGACUUUUGAAUAACAUUUCUUUGAGAUUUAUUCAUUCGCGUCUAGAUUGUAGUCGAACAGGUACAUGGAUGAGUGACAGUAUGAAUAGCAUUUGCAUUAGAUUUUGUCCUCUAGGUUUAGUUUGCCGGGCACUAACCCUCAAAAUUGGGAUUGUCGUGUCCAGGAAGUUUCUUCACGGACAGCAAGUCGACAGGUGAGGGAUU